GGAUUUUGAAAAGGCCGUUUUUUCAGGUUCUAUCAUGUACUUUCAUCUGUAGCUUAGGUUGUUUUAUCCGCAGCUGUCUGCAGCCGCACUUUCUUUUUUUUGAAGCUCAGUAACUACAGGUUGCAAAACUUGGUUUGCUGUGGAAUUUUCUGUGCUGUCCUGUGGGAAGUUUAGGUUCAAAUCUGUUAAUUCAUGUUCCUUAGUCUUGGAAAUGGCAAAAGCGUGGAUGACCAUGGACUAGCAGGUCUAAUUUAAGGAGCGAAUGUGGGAAAACUAUACUGUAGUGACCCAUCCGGGAAAACAAAAGAGAACCAGUAAGCUGUACAAUCUUUCCUGUUCCUGUGCCAAAAUAGUAGUGAUGCUAAUUAAAAUGCACAGUUUUAUCCUGAAGCAGUUGCUUCAACAUCAUCAGGCAGAUUACUUGGAAUGUCCCUCGAGCAACUGGGAUAAUUUCGGGUGCCAUUGAUGCUAACGGUACUUAAAAAAGCAACUCUAAUGUCCCAGCUGGAUUACUGAGCAUUUUUGUGAUUCCUGGAGGUGCUGCUGUUUAAAUAAGAAAUUGUCCUUAGUACGUGGCCCCCAGAAGCAUCCGCUUGGGUACUGUAUGCAAGUCCUUGACAUUCUGGAAACGAUGGGGAUUGGUAAGAAUACCACUUCGAAAUCAGUGGAGGCAGGAGGCUCAACAGAAGGCAAAUAUGAGGAUGAAUCUAAACAUCCCACCUUUUUCACCCUGCCUGUCGUGAUAAACGGUGGAGCAACAUCCAGCGGUGAUCAGGAUACAGAAGACACAGAGUUGAUGGCCAUCUAUACUACAGAAAAUGGCAUAGCAGAAAAGAGCUCUUUGGCAGAGACACUGGACAGUAGUGGCAGUUUGGACGCACAGAGAACUGACAUGAUUUACACUAUCGAAGAUGUUCCUCCUUGGUAUCUCUGCAUAUUUUUGGGGUUACAGCAUUACUUAACAUGUUUCAGUGGAACUAUAGCAGUACCCUUUUUGCUAGCUGAUGCCAUGUGUGUUGGAUUUGACCAGUGGGCUACCAGCCAGUUGAUUGGGACCAUUUUCUUCUGUGUGGGCAUCACUACAUUGUUACAAACAACUUUUGGGUGCAGGUUACCCUUGUUUCAAGCGAGUGCUUUUGCAUUCUUAGCACCUGCUAGAGCAAUACUCUCCCUGGAGAAGUGGAAAUGUAAUAAUACAGAUAUAACAGUUACAAACGGAACAACAGAACUGCUUCACACUGAGCACAUCUGGUAUCCCAGAAUACGAGAGAUCCAAGGUGCUAUUAUCAUGUCCUCCUUGAUAGAAGUGGUGAUCGGUUUGCUUGGCCUUCCUGGCGCCCUGUUGCGAUACAUUGGACCUCUGACCAUCACGCCAACUGUUGCUCUCAUCGGCCUCUCCGGUUUCCAAGCUGCUGGAGAAAGAGCAGGCAAACACUGGGGUAUCGCGAUGUUGACUAUUUUCCUAGUGUUGUUGUUUUCUCAGUAUGCCAGAAAUGUCAAAUUUCCCUUACCCAUUUACAAAUCCAAGAAAGGAUGGACAGCAUACAGGCUGCAACUUUUCAAGAUGUUCCCUAUUAUUUUAGCUAUUUUGGUGUCAUGGUUGCUUUGCUUCAUCUUCACUGUCACAGACGUCUUUCCCCCUGACAGUUCGAAGUACGGCUUCUACGCUCGCACAGAUGCCCGACGAGGAGUGCUGUUGGUAGCUCCGUGGUUCAAGGUUCCUUAUCCUUUUCAGUGGGGACUGCCAACAAUUUCAGCCGCUGGAGUAAUAGGAAUGCUUAGCGCGGUUGUUGCUAGCAUUAUUGAAUCAAUAGGAGAUUACUAUGCCUGUGCCAGGUUGUCUUGUGCUCCUCCUCCACCUAUUCAUGCAAUAAACAGAGGGAUUUUUAUUGAGGGUCUCUCCUGUGUUCUGGAUGGAGUAUUUGGGACAGGGAAUGGAUCCACCUCUUCCAGCCCUAACAUUGGUGUCUUGGGCAUCACAAAGGUUGGAAGCCGCAGGGUUAUUCAGUAUGGGGCAGCCUUCAUGCUCUUGCUUGGGAUGGUUGGCAAGUUCAGUGCUCUCUUUGCAUCGCUGCCUGACCCCGUGCUUGGUGCCCUCUUCUGCACUCUCUUUGGGAUGAUUACAGCUGUGGGUCUGUCUAACCUCCAGUUCAUAGAUUUAAAUUCUUCUCGUAACCUGUUUGUGCUUGGAUUUUCCAUUUUCUUUGGACUUGUCCUUCCAAGCUAUCUCAAACAAAAUCCACUGGUCACAGGAAUAGCGGGCAUUGAUCAAGUAUUAAACGUCCUUCUCACUACAGCCAUGUUUGUCGGUGGCUGCGUUGCAUUUAUUUUGGAUAAUACCAUUCCAGGAAGCCCUGAAGAAAGGGGAAUACGGAAAUGGAAGAAAGGGGUUGGUAAAGGAAGCAAGUCACUGGAUGGCAUGGAAACAUAUGAUUUGCCUUUUGGCAUGAACUUUAUUAAAAAAUACAGGUGUUUCAGCUUCCUGCCCAUCAGCCCUACCUUCAUGGGUUACACAUGGAAAGGCUUCAGGAAAAGCAGUAACUGCAGGAGUUCAGAUGAAGACUCAGAAGCUACAGUAUAGCCUUAGCUGAAAUUAUAUAACCUAGUUGUAGUAAAAGAUGUAUUUGCAGUUUCUUGCUGAUUAAGAAGCAUUAAAAUAUAUGUUUUGUAUAUCUGCAUUUAAAUUCUGGAACCAGAGCUGAGACGGAUUUAAAAAAAAAAAAAAAAAAGCUUUCCUGUUGUGGGUGGUGGUAGCCAGAUCUAGUGUCUCUGGGUCAAAUUUGCAAAAGCUCCUCUGUUUGAUUUUCAAAAGCUAAAGAUACCUGCGCACCUAAGUGUUUAUUUUAAAUGGGGCUUAGGUUCCAGAAGUAUGUAGGUGCUAUUGAAAAAUAUUACUUUUUAGGGUGAUUUUAUUUAAGUCAUUGAUGCUGGCAUUUUUGGCGCAUUCAUUGCUGGCAAUGUUAGUUACGCCAGAAAAUUUGAAUCCUGUGAGAAGGGGCAGGGGGGGGAGGAAAAAAAUUUACUUCUAGUCAUGUCAAAUGCCAUAUAUAUUGUUUUGUACUUACUGAUUUGCACAUUCCAUGUUUUCAGCCCCAUGGAAACCAGACUCAGUUGAUACUGGCAAAUCAUGAGAGUAUUUUUUUUGAAUUACUGAUAGUUCAGUCAGAUGUCCAGUGUUAAGACAGAAAGUUUCUGUAAUAACUUUGCCAACGAAGACUACAACCGACUUCUCGUAGCUUAGUGCUGUAGAAGGAACCACUUAUUUCAUGUCAGUUCACAUUUUUAAACGUUUGCUUUUUCUGCCUGGCACUUAACCACCUAAUUAUAGUGUCCAGGUGCAGAUUUUCUUUAAAGGGACAGAUGUAGCUUGAGUUUUACAGAGAUGGGAAACUUUUAACUUCCAGACAGGACCUGAUAACAGUUUUUACAGUGCAGUGCCUGUAUCCAGCAAGAUGUUUCCUGGACAAAAAUGCUGUUGUUGAGCAGUUCUAAGCAAUUAACAUCUGUAUACAUGCAGCUUUCCCUGCAGGGAAAGCCACGCAGUCAAAACGCUGCCGGCAAUUGCUGGUUUGGAUCUGUGCAGAAUUUUCUUGAUCGGAUAUUGAGAGACGAUGCUGCCGACGAGCUGCUUGCAUUGCAUUGCCUCUUUUUCUUCUCUCUUGGCAGGGCUUCUGCAAAAGCUCGUUACUGAUGCAGAAGUGAUCUUGAACAGCAGAGACACUACAUUUGAUGUCCUCAUCCACUGGGUGAUUUAACGGGUAUUGGGUCCAGUCAGGGCACCAUUCAGAUUUUUUUUUUUUUUCCUGGAAUAGUCUCAGCUCUGAUGUUAUGUGGGUGUUCAUGCUCAUCAUGCAUUCAUGAUUAAAAGUUUUAUUCAUGUUUAAUGUUCUUACUAUUGCAAGUUAGUUUUAGACUUCAGUGUGGCCCCAAAAGCAUUUUUAAGCUGUGGAGAUCAUCAGGGAAAUGUAGUGUAAUGUAAUUUCAAGGCCAGUAUGCUCUACGGUGCUUGCGUUUUGUAUUCCUGGAAAAAACAUAACAGUAGAUCCUGUAAUUCACUAAUAUAUUUAUCAAAGUUUGACUACUGGACAGGAGCGCAGGAACUCUGUUUUCUCUGAGUCUACUUCCAGGUGAAUUUGUUAUUGGUUAUUGAAGCAUGGAAGGGUUGGGGUGGGGAGGGUAAGGAAAGAGCUUAACGGAUCAGUACUGAGUAGUGUAGAGUCGGAAUGAUUCCAUUGAUAUCGUUCUCAGCAUGCCAUGGCUGUUUCCAGAAACUAUUUUAUACCGCUUUUUCCAUAACAAAGCAUGUGUUUUGUUCCUGCUUCAGGGAACUUUCAGUAGUUUGCAGUCUCGGUGUCAAUUGGACUAUCUCAAAAGCUCGUCAGAAGAGUUAUUUGUGUAGUAGACAAGGUUAGUUUGCCUGUGAAACAAAGUCAUUUUUAUGAUUUUUAAAUUUUUCCUCUUCAGGUAGUGAGGUGUUAGAUUUCCACAUCCACUUGCAGAUAGUUUUGAGUGCGGAGACCUCUGAUCAGUGGCACGAAGCUUCCAAAUUUCCCAACUGUAUGUGCAACCAAAGAUGUGUGGGAGACAUGGGGGAGUUAAAUAUAUAUAAAUAUAUAUAUAUAUAAAAGGAAAAAAAAAAAAGCCACCUAUAUACGGUGGUUGUAAUGAUGUAAAAUGCCAAAGUUGGUUAUCUUAUAAAUGUUGAGAAAGGGAGGCAAAAGAUUUUAUUUAAAACAGUGCCACCUCAGAAAUACUGAAAUGUCAAGUCCAGUAAAGCUGCUGGGCACAGAGCACAACAGUGACACCUCUGUCCCGAGGCUUUUCUAACUUCUCCCCCCCAAAUAUUCUUUUGAUAACUUAAUGCUAAUGCAAUCAAGAGACAAGGCGAUGAGAAAUAGCAUUUGUCUUCUCUCACCUUUGGCUGAAGCAAAGCUGUGCGUGUUCUGUAUUGCCUUUACUUGAGAAUUGCCGAGACUCUUCAGUCAAGUUACAGGGCAACGAAUCCAAGGAUACUUUUUCUUCUCCCCAGAGCAGAACGCCACUCCUUUCCUGCCACGUAGGAAAGACUAUCUGAAUAGGUGAAGUCCAAUUACUCUCUUUAACUGUUGGAUUUAAUUCGUUUCAUGACUUUGGGUCCUACCGUGCUGAUUCUGUUGACUGGCUGAGAAAAGUGCAGUAGCGUUUAGCCAGCAUGUUUGCUUUUCUAGCCACUUACCUUGGUAACACUAAAAUAAGUAGUUGUAGUUAGCAGUCAUUUUUGUAACCAAAUUUGUAUAUGUAACAACACUCUCCAUCUUACUACAAACAUGAAUGGUUAAAGAUGAGCCUCAGUUUUGCAAAAGAGAUCUGCUGAAGCACCCGUAAUGUAUAGCGAAGGGUUGCGAUGGAGUCAUUGGCAGUACCUCGAAUGUGCAGGGCAUGCAGCUGAUGCACCCGGGCUAUUGCUACUAAAGCGUGCGUCUCCCCGGCGCUGAGAGGUGAGCAAAGGACGGAGCUGAUGCACAGGUGCCUUGGAAAGAGAAGCUCCCCUUUCUCUUUCCGAUGCACCCGAAACCAUCCCUGCGCUGCCAGUCGAAGAAGAUGCAUUGCUUUUCUUUGUGAGGGAAAUAAGUCUGAGUUGCCCCCGGUUUUGUGCAGUUGUGGCAGGCGUUUGUGGACCUUAAAUCCUUCUCCCACGUCUGCUUUUCUACACUGGCGUUUUAGUGGCAGUUGUGAAAUGCUGUGGCCGGGGGGAGCGCGGUGCGCAGCCUGAGCUGCUGUGCAGCAGCUGCUGGCAGAUGUGUUGCAGAGGACUAACUUGCAGUUUUGAAAAUCAUUUAAAUACUUCGUGUUUGCUGGUUACGUCCAGGCUUUGAUGCAUAAGGGUGGCUGGAUAUCGAUAUCUGACUGUAAAUGCAAUACUGUAUUUUUCCUAUAUGUUAUUGCCUGCCUUUCAAACAGCUAAACUAAACAAAACCGCAUAGGGAAGACAACACCUGAGGGAUGAGUUAAGAGGCGAUGAGAUGGUUCAACCAAACUUUAAGACGGAAGGGCAAAUAUUCAUGGUAGAAAUAUCAUUUUGUCAUAUCAAAGAUGGUAUCAAUGUAUGCAAAACAAAAUGACUUGGGACUUUUGUAAUUGAUAUUCUAUUGUAUUUUUUUUAGGUUAAAUUAAGAAUUCUUGCUAACAUGUUGAAACACAUUUUCUAAAGCAAAUACGUGCAAAUUAUACCUAUAGAAAUUUAGGUUUCAUAGCUAACAGCUAUGACUGAUUAAUGUUGUCAUAUUAGAGUGUGUUGGCGGAGGAACUUAAUCAGGUACCUCGCUCAGAAAGUUCAAACUUUAAACCCAGAAUUUGCUUUAUGCCUUUUAAUACUGACUUUAAAUAUGGCAACUUGGUUUGUACAUGAAUAUUGCAGUAUUUUAUUUCCAUAUAUUAAAAAUAACAUUUCCACUCAGGAUAAUGAUUGCAGUUUUCCUGGGAGGGAGUGGUAUGAUUGUCAUGACAAUGUCAUGUGAUGGUAGAAUUUCUUCAUUGACGAAUCUAUAGUAGUUGUGUAUACUUUAUUUACCCAUGUUUAUGUUCCUACCAAAAACUAAAGGGUUUCUUUAUUGUUCAUCUCCCUACUGAGAUCUUGGUACUCCCGAUGCAGAAUUGGCGCUUGCAAACUGAAAUCCUCAGUACUAUUUAUACCACAAGGAGCAUCAGUGAGUGCGACCAGUCAUUUAUAGCAUUGCAUCCUUAAUAAAAAGUGUUGAAAAUCACUUCAUUUGUGGUGUAAACAGCACUCUAGGCACAUGUGGUUUAAAAUAGCCGGCUUCUAAUGGUUUGAAUGAACCGUUGGAUGCUUACACGCAAUCUAAAACAACCUGUGCUUAACAUAAUUUGUAUAUCAAUGUAGAAAAUGCAUGUGUGACAGACCAGCACAAUCUACAGUGUUUCUUUUCACGUGGCCUUCUUAAACCAAAAGCGAUUUUUUUUCUUUUUUUUUUUCUUUUUCUUUUUUGUUUAAGUGGGGUGGGGGAGUGGUGGGUCACUCAUUUUUGCAGAAAAUGUCCCACUUGGUGUAUGUUUCUUAGUAUUUCUUAAGGCGAAUGGCCUUUGUGGCCAUGGGAUGACAGGUACUCUGUGCUCUCAUGUUUAUCUAGCUGCGAUAGGUCAUUGCAGUAUUGGAGGAGGCCACGAGUUUGCCAGUGUUUUGCUUCUGCCCAUGAGUCUAUACAGCUUAGUGCUGGGCUGCUUUUAAGUAUUGGGGAUCCGUGUUCAGAGCCAUCCAAAAUAUUCCUGUCUAGUUCUAAUUUGACUGUGACUGUGCAUUGUCAUCCGUACAUAUUGAUAUGAGAGAUAUAUUUAGAAUUGCCUUGUGUACUAUCUGGCAUUUACUACAUCUUUCCAGGUAAAUCAUCUUGCUGCCAGUCCAAAUUAUUGUAUUUUGUCUGUUUAUAACAACCUUUGGCGUAACAAACUAUUGACUGUUCUUAGGCAGUGGGGAUAAGUAUUUUUUUUUCCAUUACUUUUUGUGACUGACUUUGGCUGUAAAACUUUUUUGUUAAACAGCAAGAGGUUUUUUUGUUUUGUUUCUUGGGGGUUUUUUUUUGUUCUGAGAUGUGUAAUUCUUUUAUGGAGUUUUUUUUAUUUCAUAUUUUUUUCUAACAUUGCUUCAUUAAACAAUUAAAUAUUUAAAAAUGUAAUAUUUGGACCAGAUGUUGUGAAUAAUAGUAGAUAAAGCUAUUUUAUUCUGUAUUUUUAAAGCUGUUCAGUAUAAAUAAACGCGGGCAUAGAUGCAA